ACCAAAUGGAUAUCGCAAAUUGAAUCUUUCGAGUAAAGAGAAUUGAGAUUAAAUAUUUGCGAACGUGCGACGACGCCACGACAUGUAUGCGGAUAAUAAACGUGGCCUAGACAAGGUGACGGCUGCCACCGCGCCUACCAUUGCCCUCCAACAGCAGCAGCAACAACAACAACAGCAGCAGCAUAUGCACCAUCAUGUGUUGCAGUUGCAACAGCAGCAACAACAACAGCAGCAGCAGCAGCAGCAACAACUCCAACAGCAUCAGCAUUUGCAGCAUCAAAUGCAUACGCAUCAUAAUUUCCAGCCACACGAAACAACAGCAACAUUGUCACAGCAGCAGCAACAGCAACAUAUGCAACAGCAACAGCAGCAACACCAACAGACAGUACAACAGCAGCAGCAACAGCAACAGCAACAGACAGCCGGCAUGUUUACAAGGUUCGAUGCCAACAAAUCGACCAAGGGCGCCUCCAAGAUGCGACGAGAUCUUAUAAAUGCCGAGAUAGCCAAUCUGAGGGAUCUGCUGCCAUUGCCGCAAUCGACGCGCCAGCGUCUCUCGCAGCUGCAGCUGAUGGCGCUGGUCUGUGUGUAUGUGCGGAAAGCCAACUAUUUUCAACAAGUAUUUAAGCGUCACAAUGCCAUGCAUCACCACCAUCAUCAGACAGCAACACCAAAUAUUGGCUUCUCGAAGGCACUUUCCGGCUUCCUGAUGAUGCUCACACAAAAUGGCAAAUUGCUCUAUAUAUCGGAUAAUGCGGCCGAGUACUUGGGCCAUUCCAUGGAGGAUCUGCUGAUACAUGGUGACUCCGUUUACGAUAUCAUUGACAAACAGGAUCACGCAACCAUCCAGGCCGAGCUGAAUCGGAACGUGCCACCGCAGCCAGGUGGCAGCCAGGCGAACAGCGGUGCUGGCGGCGGCGUCGGCGGCAUGAGCGGCGACUCAACGUCCAGCAAUGGCAGCGUUGGUGGUGUCGGUGGUGGCGGUGGCGCCUCCAGUCUGGAGGGCGAGCAUCGCAUGUUCCUCUGUCGCAUGAAUGUUAGUCGCAAUGCGCGACGGCAAAUGCGUUUCGGCGAUCAAAAGGUUGUUCUUGUACAGGGUCACUAUUUGUCAUUUCUGCCGCUCUGCAGUCGGAACGAGCCCGUCUUCUUGGCCACCUGCACGCCCAUCGCCAUGCCCGAGACGCGGGAGUGUGUGGUACAAGGUGCCACCAAUGUGUUUACCACGAUCCACUCGAUGGAUAUGAAAAUCGCACACAUCGAUAAGAAUGGAGAGUUCCAUUUGGGCUAUGAAAAGAGCACAUUGCAGGCAACAUCUUGGUACAAUCUGAUUCACAGCGAAAACCUUCGGGAGGCGCAAAGCAAACACAGGCUAAUAACCCAAUCGGAACAGGAUCGCAGCUGUAUCCUGCUAGUGCGAAUGCAGCGCUCCAGUGGAGAAUACACGUGGGUCCAUGUGGUGCUACAGGUGCGGGAUAGUCCAGACUCCACCCAGCAGCCUGUGAUCGUGUGCACCAAUCAAGUUCUCAAUGAUCGCGAGGCUUCUGUAAUGCUGGCCAACUCCUGGCUGUACCACUAUUACACCGUACAGUCAAAGAUCCAAUUUGGUAUGCCGCUGGACAGCGGUAUGCGAGUGCCACCCGGUAGCUCCUCCAGCGGUUAUUACAGCCCCCAUUCGACGCACUCGCAGCAGACGCAAGGUGGUAGCACUCCCGGCCUGAGCAUGACGAAUGCCGCUGCUGGGAUGACGACUGUGUUUGGCAGUCAUCAUCAUCCGCAUCACCCGCACCACCAUCAUCAUCACCACCACCCAGCCGCGGCCUAUCAUCAUCAUCCGCAUAUGGGGAGUUAUGGCGGCGUCUAUCACGCGGAGGCGGCCAUCGAGCUGAAGGAGGAUCAGCCACUGUUCAGCUUCCAGGAGCCCGUCGACUAUAGUCAGGUGAACGGUGGCGCAGGGAGCGGUGGCAGCCCAGUCACACCUAUCGCCACCACAACCCCCAACCCCUCUAGUAGCGCCAGCCAGAAGUCCACUCAAUCAGCCACGCCUCCGCCUCCAAAAAAGCGUGCCCGGAACAAGCUGGAGCCGCUGUAUCUGCAUGCAGAACGCUCCCCGGCGGCAGCGAUUACGCCGGAGCCGGACUGUUACGCCCUGCACCCACAUCCGGCGACGGCAUAUGCCUCAUCCGCGGUGGCCAGCAACGAUGCCUCGGUCAUCUAUGCCACCAUUGUGCCGACGAGACCACGGCUGCCGAACAAAUCGCUGCCCCCCGAUCCGGCGGACUUCAUCGAGCAGUGGAAUCCCAGUCCGCCGUGGUCAGAGUCGGCCCAGAAGGCCUCACUGGACAGCUUUGGGUCCUCCCACGAGCUGAGUCCCUGUAUCACGACCACACCGCCCACGCCCACCAGUGCGACGCCCCACCAGAGUGGCCUCGGCACGCAGACCAUCGGACCGGCCUUUAGCUUUGAGUGGAUGUCCGAUCCCCUGGUGCCACUGACCUAUCAGCAGUGGCCACCCACAGGAGACCAUCACCAGCAGCUGUCACAGCACCUGGCCGCGACACAGCAGCAGCAGAAUCAGCCACAUCAUCAUCAUCAUCAUCCGCACCAGCAUCAUCAUCAGCAGCACCAGCAUCUCAUCCUCCAGCAGCAGCAGCACCAGCAGCAGUCCCAACAGUUAACACUUCAUCAUGUCCACGUGGCGGGGGGGACGACAACAACAGCGACAACGCGUGCGGAGCAUUCCAUCGAUGGGGUAGCGCCGGUUCCGUCACUACCGAUACCCAUACCCAUACCGAUACCCAUAGCGAUACCGCUGACGGUGACCACGGGCCAUGCAGAUGCCGGAGAACCGGUUGAGGAUAGAGAUCCCAAAAAUUAGUGACCGGCAGAAAGCUCGGAAAUACCCAGAGAUCGGAUCAGAUCGGAUCGGCUUGCAACGGCGGCCAGGUGAUAAUCACACUUAAAUUAAUUGCCACUUGUCAUCUUAGCGUUUAAAUUAUUUUUAUCUAACGAAACACACCCAAAUGGAAAACAAUAAAUUCUCGCUAUAACACAUUCAUUUCUCCACGAGUGUAUAUCAACUAAUUUAAGUAAUUUCCAUAGAAACCAUUGUUUUCCCUCUCUUCCGUCUCCCUUUUCGUAUGUGCAAUCUCGGAAGAUACUUAAAAAUAUAUGCAAUAUACAUAUAUAUGAAAAUAACACUUGGAAAUUAGUUUUGCGAUAGGAAACAGCAGCAGCAAAGCAAAGGCAAACAGCACUAAAAUUAAUAUAACAAAACAAAAAGCAACACCAAGCCAAGAGAGCUCUAUUAGUUGUAGCCACAGUUUUUUAUUAGCGUUAUUUUUUAUGGCAUGCGCUUGAACAUU